CGGUAGACAAAUUCAGUACACUUGUUUAUUGAUUUAAAAGCAGACACAUGUUUUAAACACUAUUCCGAAUUUUAUAGGGCAAAUAUGUUUCAUAACAUAAGUAUUACUUUUUUGUGCGCCUUGGCAUUUAUAUCCUGGUCGUUGCUGUGUUAUUUACAUGCAAUUGAGGAUAAAACUCACUACGAUCACAAAGUGAAAAUCUUCACGGUGAGGCCUACCUACGUAGCUGAGUCAAAAUCUUGUCCCAAUGAUUCUCCAGUAAUUCAUUUUCUAAAAAUUUUCUAUGACUUGAUUAUCAACUAUGGGAUCAUACUUUUGGUCGUUAUUGCUAUCUCAGCAUCUGCGCAAUGGUUGGGAAAAACGGCCAGACAUUGUAUUCAAAAUGUCCCGCUUAGCAAUUUCACGUCAAUGGAAGACCCAGAGUAUGCUGAUCAAGAGGAAAUAGAGGAAGAGAAGCAAAUGGAAGUGGAGGAACCUUUUAGUGCAGGAGUGCCAAAUAAACAUGAUUGGAAGGCUGAACAAAAAUGGCAAGUGGAAUAUAAAUUGAAGAAGGCGCAGUGGCAAAUGGAGAGACAGUUGGAGACUGAAAAAAAAUGGGAGAUGAAACGAAAUAUGGAGAAGAAACGUUACGUAGAGAUCGAGCCAAAUAUGGAAAGGAAACAGAAUUGGAAUUUGGAAGAGAAAACGUUGGUUCAUCAAGAAAAUAUAGAGUUGAGAGAGCAGUUAAAUGAUUUGCAGCAGCAUUGCCGUGAAUUGCUUCAGGAACUGCGCGCUGUCAAUGACUCUAGCCGUUCGAAUUCCUCCAGCAGUUGUUUCAGCAGCUCCGAAGCCGACGAUCCAGCUUCCGUUCUUAUGUGGAAGCAGCCAGCUACAAUGUCUUCGAGUGGUUUGUCUAUAGCGCAGGAUACGGAAUCUUUGAGUUCGAUGACACAAAAAGUUUACGUGACUCAUAGUCAUUACCAUUUUAAUUUUAAUGGACCGGUGCAAUUAAUGAGACAAAACAUAAAUCUUAGUACAAUAGGCCCUCAAAAAUUACUUGGACGAAGCGAAUUUUUACAGGUGUGGGGCACAUUUCUCUGUGGACCGAAGGAACGUCCCAUGCUAACUGGUAUAAAUAAUAUUUUAAUGUGAAAGGCGCACAAAUCUUUAUCC